AAGCCUGGCCACCAAAAAACCACGGCCGCCUCAAUUUGUUUUCCAGCUGAAAACACUCAAACACUCGAAAUCCCACGGAAACCCAUCUGAAUUUUCAGUCUGAUAUAUCGAAUUCUUCCUCUGGGCUGACUUAAAUCUCUGGAUUAGAAACUGGGUCCUGUUCAAAAUCCCAAAUAAUCAAUCCAAAAAGGAUAAGUCUCAUGGAUUUGUAUUACGGAACUGGCGUCGAUGAUUUUGUUGUUCCAAAUGAUGGACAAUCGGAUAGGCUUCCAUCACCAGACAGUUGGUCAAGAUGGGGAAUAAGUCCAUCUGAAUGUUUUCAGUCGACUAAUAAAUGCUUUUCAAUGUAUCCACAAUUCAAUAGAGAGCUCAACUUCAGUGGUAACAGUUUGUGUGGUGAAGCCGUGAUGGAAACUUCUGUUAAUGAAAAAGAUCCGUCGAGCAGUUCAAGUGCAUGUGAAGGAUUGUCCGAGGCCUCUCUUCAGCAGAUUACUCUUUCAGACAAUCGGGCCUAUAAUCAACUUGAAGACCUAGCAGGACUCGACCAGAUGGAUGACAUUUUCUUGAGUUCCUUACUUGGUGAUCUUCCUGGGUCAGAAAAUGCACACAAAUCAUUCUAUUUUUGUUCUGAUUCCAAUGGCAUGUUACCUACUGAUUGUAUCUCUGCAAGCAUGAGUUUGGAAUCACCAAGUAUCUCGAGCAGUGUGCACAGUGCAGGAAAUUCAAUGUGUCUUCAAACUCAUGCCUUGUCACCAACUGUGGGUUCAGAUAAAGGGGAUUUCACUACUUCACAGUUUAUUCAAUGCAACUCGGAGCACAAAGAUUGUCUUCCAGUAAAGACAGCAGAAAGCAGCAUGGAUGGACUUGGUGGUGAGGAGUCAUCAGUUGAAGAGUCUGUGUUACAUGAACUAGAAAUGGUGAUGAAACAGUUGAAUGAGAAGACCCGAAUUUGCUUUCGAGAUUCCUUGUACCGACUUGCCAAUAACUCAAAAGAAAAUCACGCUACACAGAGCCAAGACGGAGAUGAAGAAAUGGAAAAUGAAAACCCUUCAUCAUGGACAGCCCAGGAUGAAACAGUCAGGUCAGGGAGCAAGAAAAGGACGGAAUCAGAUACGAACACCAUUGACAGAGCCGUUGCAAACCUCAUGUUUAAUGAGAUGGACUUUAAUGCACAAGACCUUUCUGGAGGAGCAUCAUUGGACUCCAAACAAGAAGUCUUUGGAGUGACUGAGCAACAAACUGACAACGCUUACCAGCCUCAAAUCUCUCAUUCACAUAUUCACUCACUUUUACCACAAGAUGCUGAAGUUCCAACACUAGGUGAAAGAGACAUGGAUGUGGCGACAGAUGAUCAAAUGCACAGCAGUUUACCGUCAUGUAAUGCUCGUGGGAAGCGAAAAGCUCCAAUGAGGGAGUUCGAGUCUACAAAUGGGUUCUAAAAGGUUAUUCAAAGAAAGGCGUACAUGGCAGUGGUCAAAGAACUUAGGUCCAACUGCUUUGAGAGCGGUUGUUACUUCGCUUGUACAUUUAAUCCCGUCUAAUUAGUGUGCAAUGUUCAAAGGUUUGAUGUCUCUCUGCUCUACUCAGUUUUGAUCGACAGGUGAAUGAGUGAAUUUAAUUCAGCAACUCGUCAUAGACUUGGAAUUACGCUUUCCUACAGAAGGCUCGUGCGAAUUUCACUAUAGUGUGUUGUAUUCAGAAGACUUUAUAUGCAUCCUCAAGUGUGCGCUAUAACUUGUAACUUGUUUGGAUUAAUUUUUAUCGCGAGGUACAUUUGUAGUC